UGGAUAACGUAUCCAUAAUAUGAUGUCUAGCGUUUUUUAAACGCCAUGUUGAAGCAGGUUACGUGGGGGUCUGUUUUUGUGUGAAAGGGUUUUAACUAUGUUAAAAUAUCUGUCAUCAUCUGUACCAUGGUAGCGGUCUGACAUCAGUUUCAUGCCAAGUUCUGUGCAUCCUAUAUUAAAGUUUAUGGCUGAUGUGUGAAUCGAAGAAUUUGGAGAUAUUCAUUUGCAAAAAAUAUACAGAAAUUGGGAAAAGGUAGUUGAACCACUGUUGCUUUUAAGCGUCCUUCCCCUUCCUGUUUGGCAGUUAACUGGGUUGUUUAGUGGACUUGAUAAUUAUGGCUUGUGGUGCCACUUUGAAAAGGACUAUGGAUUUCGAUCCACUAUUGAGCCCGGUGUCCCCCAAAAGACGGCGUUGUGCGCCAUUAUUGACCCCGGGAUCCUCUAGUACUUCUUCUCCCCAGAAGUAUCUUCGCUUGGAGCCGUCUCCUUUUGGCGAAGUCACUGCGAGACUUACCACAGAACUUGAAAAUAAUUUGUACAGACAGUUUCGAUUACUUUGGCAAAGACGCCAUCUAGAGGCAUGCUUUAAGAAGUGUGACUCGUGCUGUCAGAAGAUGUUUCUGACAGACGCCAUACCCCCAGUGUCUUUCACCACAGGUUGCGUACUUGGGGGUAACUCCACUGUAGUAUUAUCACCAUCUAAAAAAGAUCAGCCUCUUUUUACCUUAAAACAAGUUGGAAUGAUUUGUGAACGUUUAUUGAAAGAACGUGAAGAAAAAAUCCGUGAGGAGUAUGAAGAAAUUUUGACAUCAAAACUUGCAGAACAGUAUGAUGCGUUUGUGAAGUUCACACAUGACCAGAUUAUGCGACGAUAUGGAGAACAACCUGCAAGUUGUAAGUAUUAA